AUGGCCAUGUCCCUUGCGCGGACAGCCCUCAGGGCGCCGCAAUCGCGUCUCAUUUCAGCUGCCGCCGCCAUCACAGCUCGAUCUAUCGCCGCCCACCGGUCCUUCAGCACCACCAACCAUGCUCUGCUCCCCUCCGGCUUCGGAUCUCCCGUUCUGCCUUCAUACUUCUCGAAGCCCCGGCUGCCGGCCAAUACCGUGGUCCGGUUUGUGCCUCAGCAGACGGCUUGGAUCGUUGAGCGCAUGGGAAAGUUUAACCGUAUUCUUGACCCCGGUCUGGCUAUCCUCGUGCCAUUUAUCGAUCGAAUCGCAUAUGUCAAAAGCCUCAAGGAAGUUGCCAUUGAGAUACCUAGCCAAAGCGCCAUCACUGCGGACAACGUUACUCUAGAGCUUGACGGUGUUUUGUUCACCCGUGUCUUCGAUGCGUAUAAGGCAAGCUAUGGAGUUGAAGAUGCCGAAUAUGCCAUUUCUCAGCUUGCCCAGACGACCAUGCGAUCCGAGAUCGGUCAAUUGACUCUCGACCACGUUCUCAAGGAGCGUGCUGCCCUCAACACCAACAUCACCGCUGCUAUCAACGAUGCGGCCGAAGCAUGGGGUGUGACCUGCUUGCGUUACGAGAUUCGAGAUAUCCAUGCUCCUGGCGCCGUCGUCGAGGCCAUGCACCGACAGGUCACUGCCGAACGUUCCAAGCGUGCUGAGAUUCUCGAGUCCGAGGGUCAGCGACAAAGCGCCAUCAACAUCGCUGAGGGUAAGAAGCAGAGUGUCAUUCUUGCUUCCGAAGCUUUGCGCGCCGAGCGAAUCAACGAAGCCGAUGGUGAAGCCGAAGCCAUUCGUCUCAAGGCUACUGCCACUGCCCAAGGUAUCGAUGCUGUCUCUGAGAGUAUCCUGAAGGGUGAUGCUGGUGCCCAGGCUGCCGUCAGCUUGAGAGUUGCUGAGAAGUACGUCGAUGCCUUCGGCAAGCUGGCUCGUGAAAGCACAGCUGUCGUUGUUCCCGGCAAUGUUGGAGAUAUCAGCGGCAUGAUUGCCACUGGACUGAGUGUUUUCGGCAAGGUUGGUCAGGCCCAGGCACAAACUAUGGCCAAGUCUCUUGUCGAGCCCAAGAAGGAGGGCUCGGAGGCUGGAAUUGAUACACCCUCAGAGCUUGAUGGCCAGGUGAAGCCCGGUGUCAAGGAGACAGUGAUUGAGAGCUUCAACCAGGCUGCUAAGCGAUAG